UUUUAAAGAUUGUUACAUUUCUACCUUUUUGAUUUGUCUGCUUAAGUGUGGUUAUGUUGAGCGUUUGUAAGGGCAGAGCUCGGGUCUCAUGCUUCACUAGAGUCACAAGCUUCUUUGCGGGGCGUUUCUCUCUCUUCACUCUCUCACCGCGGCUCACACGGGUCCAUCUCACAGAACCAUGCAGAGCCAUCACCUGAAGGAACACCUCUAUAAAAUCCUGGUGAUCGGGGAUCUGGGUGUGGGAAAAACAAGCAUCAUCAAGCGCUACGUGCACCAGAACUUCUCGGCGAACUACAGAGCGACGAUCGUCGUGGACUUCGCGCUUAAAGUCUUGAGCCUCGAGCACGAGACCGUCCGACUGCAACUCUGGGACAUUGCUGGUCAAGAGCGUUUCGGGAACAUGACACGAGUGUAUUAUCGAGAGGCUGUGGGAGCCUUCAUCGUUUUUGACGUCACGCGACCGUCGACGUUCGAAGCGGUGAAGAAAUGGAAGGAAGAUCUCGAUGCCAAGUUGAAUUUAUCUAACGGCAAACACGUGACUGCGGUUCUGCUCGCCAACAAAUGCGACGAGGGCAGAGACGUUCUGACCAACAACGGCAUCCGUAUGGAGCAGUUCUGCCAGGAAAAUGGCUUCGUUGGAUGUUUCGAAACUUCAGCCAAAGAGAAUAUUAAUAUAGAUGAAGCGGCACAGUGUCUGGUGAAGCACAUAAUAGCAAAUGAGAAAGAUCUGCAGUCGGAGGUUUCAGACACCAUCUCACCACAGCAAGAGUCCAGCCACGGAGGAACCUGCUCCAUGUGCUUCACGUCCUGAUGGACACAAACACAGAUAAACACACACUCAUAUCCAGCCACCGUGGGCCAGCAUCAAGCCAAAUGUGAUGUCUCGAAACACAUUUUCUGCUGUCAUCUCAUUUGCUGUCAUCUCAUUUUCUCUCAGCUCAGCUCUUCUCUUAUUGUCUUAUCUCAUGUUGUCUCAUUUUCUUGUCUUGUCUUGUCUUAUUUGAUCUCGUUUUCUCUUCUUUCUCGUCUCACGCCGAAGACACUGCUCCGUUUCCAUGGUAACAGAUUUAUCGAAUACUCUGCAGAGCGGAAAAUAUUUUAAAAGGAAAAAAAAAGUUGCAAGAAUUCUGUCAAUGGUAAUUCUUUUUCAAUUCUUUCUCUUCAUAUUGGCGUUCUGUGAGAAUCUCUGUGUCUUUUUGCCAAAUCAUCAAAAUGCAAACAGAGAAACGACUAGAAAACCCAAAUGGCCAAUCUUUGGCCAAUUCAAUCUUUCAAACAUGCAGACGGUGCAUUUUAGUGUUCUUUGACUUCAUUAAAGUCCAUGAUGUUUAUUCAUAUUCUCUAUUCAGUUUUCUAUGCAGAAAUUAUUUAUGCACAACAGACUUAAAGAAGUUAACAUAUAUACGUGUACAACAGGUUUUUUUUUUCAAAUGCUGCCAAAAGUCAUGCUGCUCAUGAAUUAUACAAACCAGCCUUAAAAUAUGAAUGCAUUAAAAAAACAUGAGCGGAAUACAUAUCUCUCAGUGCAAUUGCUUUUGUAAUUCUAAUGCGGAUGUUUUCUAUAUUUUUCAGAUUUUUAACUGUUAAACAUUGUUUUGGAUUGUUUGUUGUUUCUUCAACAUCAUGAACGGGCAACAUUUUUAUUUAUCAUGUGGCUGUAAGAUGGUGAAAUAUUUUUUAUUACAGAAUAUAAGAAGAUCCUGUGAAUACCCCUGUAUUUACCCAGACUGA